AUGAGUUCUUCUGAAGAGUACAGCGACAGUAGCGAGGAUUCCUUCGAUGAAUCGAAGGUCGGCAUCGCUCUGGAGCUGCCAAAACGUGAAAAUCGCGGGAAAAAGUAUUCCAAACUUGUUGGCGAAGAAUUAGAAAAGGAUAUUCAGUUUUGGGGACACUCUACCUGGGAUGAAGACGCUGUAGAUGAUGAUUACAACUGUAGUGAAGGGGAGGAACAGUAUGCCUAUUCCACGGACUCCGACUUUGAUGAUCCUGAAGAGCAACAAUCUGAUGGAGAAGUUGAUGAAUCCCACUUAAAGGAACGCAAGAAAAAAAAACAUGGAGCCUACGUUGAUCCAGUCUUAUUACGUAACAAGAGGACAAUGCAAGCCAUUGCCAGAAAGAGGGCUGCUGAAUCCCAGCCAAAAAAACCCAGUACACCUAGGGUAUACACUCCACAAGAAGAGGUUGUACGGGAGAGAAGAGCGACAACCAAAAUGAAAACAGAGGCUGUUAAAGAGAUGCUAGAAUACCGGGAUAUUAAAAGGAAAAAAGUUUCGGCCAAAAAGACUGCAAAACCUACACAUAGCAAGGUUUUUACGCAGGAAGAACUCAUGGAAAUGGCAAAAAAGACCGAAAUAGCAAACAAGAAAUCGUUGGAAAGCUUGCAAGCAUGGGAGGAUGAAAAGAAAAAGUACAAUGAACCAAAGAAACAGGUUUACAAGGGUCACUAUGAUAUAUGGAUUAGUUGGAACUCGCUACUAUCUAUAGUUGUACAUAACGAGGAGGAACAAGUAAAUGAAACACAACCUACCAAUCAAAGUGACGUUAAAAACGAGGUCACCGGGGAUGAAGAAUCCUCUAAUAUACAGACAGACGGAAAGGAAGUUAAACCUGAAAUAGAAGAGAAGCCUUUGGAAUUAUACAUGUUUACUACUGGGAUGUUGCCAGAGUUUUACAGAAAGGUCGCAAAGGAUAAACUUGCUUUAAAGACAAAGAGCACGCCAACUUGUGUAAUUACGGGAAAAACAGCAAAAUACUUUGAUCCUCUGACAAGAAAUUAUUAUAGUGAUCUGGAAUCGUUCAAGUCGUUGCGUGUAUAUCAUUUCAACAAGAAAUACAACUCUAUGAAAUCUAAAUUGGAUACGAUCGAAGGUAUUUUGAAAGAUUAUAUCAAUAAUUUGUAA